AUGGCUCUUAGGUUUCGAAUAUCUAGAGGCACAUUCGAGUAUGUACUUGGUAUUAUUUCCCUAAGAUUAAAAAGAACACGUGUAGGACUGCCAAUGAUUUCUCCUGAGAAGCAAUUUUUAAUUGCAAUAUGGCGCAUGGCAAUUCCUGAUUCCUAUAGAGAUAUAUGUGAAAAAUUUGACGUCGGUCGAGCUACUGCUCUCAGUGCUACACGAAGAGUUAUAAAAGCAUUAUAUGAUUUAGCACCAAAUAUCAUCAAAUGGCCAUCAGGCAAUAAUAUCAAUGAAGUUUGGACUGGAUUCGAAGCUGCUAGUGGUUUCCCAAAAGUUAUCGGUGCUAUAGAUGGCACUCACAUUAAUAUUCCAGCUCCUCGUGUUUACCCAGCAUCAUAUGUGAACCGUAAUCACAUCAUUCCAUUCAACUGCAGGUAUGUCAUACUGUGUAACCGUAAAACACACUUUCUUCAUUGUUUCGCAGGUCAUGCAGAAUCUGUGCAUGACCAACGAAUUUUCCAUUUAUCAGAAUUGCAAGAAUGGUUAGGAAAUCCAGAAAAAUUUCCGGAUGAUUGUCACAUUCUCAGAGAUGCUGCGUAUAAAUUACUUCAAAAUCUCAUUGUUCCUUAUCAUGACAAUAAGCAUCUCACUCCUAGACAAAAAAAUUUUAAUUCCUCUGCCAGAAAAGCGAUAGAAAGGGCCUUUGGACUCCUGAAGACAAGAUUUCAUAGUCUACGGACUGUUCUUGCAAUGGAUAGAACACAUUUUCUCAGUUAUCUGUCGAUGUAUGCGCGACACAGGAAAUUUAAUCAGAAAAAAAUCAGUGAUAUUUUUGAUGAUGAUUCUGUCGGAUCUGUGUCAGACGUUCGCGAAUUUUGUGAAAGUAAAUGCGAUAAUGAUCCGACGCAGUUAUUAAAUACAUUUUCUGAAAAUACUGUACAUGCAUGCACAAUGAUGGAAUCAAAAAAUAUAGUGCAAAGCAAUAUGAAUGAUAUCGAAAAUAUUGCUUUGCAAAAUAAUAUGGAUGAUACUGAAGAUAUCGAAAAUAUUUCUUUGCAAAAUAAUAUUGAUGAUAUCGAAGAUAUCGAAGAUAUCGAAGAUAUUGAAAAUUUUGCUUUGCAUGUUGAGAACAUCGACGCAGGUCGUUUGUAUUCUGCAGAGAUUAAUGGCUGA